AUGGGCCUGGUAAAUGCCGUUUACAGCUGGUCCUCCGUGAAAGCACUCUACUUUACCGUUUUCUCCAUGAAUCUGGCCGGCCUGCUGGCCCUCGCCUUAGCUAUUUUAUGGGCCGUACGAUUCGAAAGAGGCUUCGGUGAUUACCUGAACCUCGUCACUCCAGGUGACGGUCACGUAUGGACCGCGGUGAUAGUCUCGGCUGUGGUGUGCUGUUCCCCUGCCUACAUCCUGGGAGUAAAGUGCUGGCUGUGCCUGAAGCUAGAACCAGCCAGGAGCAACCUAGAGGAUCAGCGCGAAGUUGACGAUAGCUUGGAUCCUCACGACGUUAAUCGUCUUCUGUUCUUCCACGUGGUUGCCUGUCUGCUAUCAGGCUUCUUGGUGGCAGUCUUGAACGCGACUUAUUUGAUUCUCUUAAGCGGAUUUCAGCAGAAAAGUCGUGACGGCUUGAUGGAGGCUAUCGAGAAGUAUGGCAGCGAUGUCACCGCGAAGGCUAGGGUGGACGCUGUUCAGACGGAACUCGAGUGUUGCGGGGAUGAUAGUUACGAAGAUUGGUUUCGAGUUCCUUGGCUGAAGCUCUCGAUACAGGGGCCGGAGGACGUGGAGAACGGUCCUCGACUGGAAGAGCAAUCGGUGGUAGAAGAGCGAGAGGAAGAAACCACUGCGCCUGUAGAUGUACCCUUUUCCUGUUGCUCCAAUGACAUCCCUAAACCUUGCGUCCAUCACGACAUUCUGAGUCCCAGUGCAGUGUACAAUUACAAUCCAAAGUAUCUGACCAUCGCUACCAGAGGUUGCAGGUCGAGGAUCAUAGAGCGGGGAGAAGUUAUCAGAACGUUCUUGGCAGGGUACCUUGCUCUCCUAUCCCUGUACCAGGUGAUCCUGUCGUUUAUGUCUCGAUUACUGCAAACUGCCUACAGCAACGAACUGUGCAUAGGACCGCAAAAGAGUCGUUAUCGUGUCUGGAUAUUCUUCAAGCCGAGAGACUUUGGUGUAAACGAGAAGAGCGAGCAACUGCAUCCGCAGAGGAAACGAUCGAGACGAAAGUUGUCCCGUUUGUUCUCGAAAAGUUUGGACAGUGAGGAAAUAAGUACGCAGCGUCGUCAGAACCGGAAGAGUAAUAUAAAAGUUUUAACGAAGAUUCGCUCGAAGAUCUCCGCGAAAUCGAAAAGCCUACCUGUUAUUAGACCUACUUUCUUUUCAAGUAACUCGCGAGGGAAGAAUAGAAGUGCUCGUCGGAUCGAGGAGAACGUCGACGAUGAAGAGGAAACGCCAGAGGAGGAAAAAGGUCUGCUUUCGAACUGCGUAACAAGGUCCGAGGGUGCCGUGAAGAAAGAUCGCUUAUCAGUUUUCUCGUUGUUACCAACCAAUUCGUCCACGACAAAUCUGCCACCUCCACCUCCGCCACCGCCACCCCCGUUCGUAGUGACCCUUGACAUGGAAAGCGAAGGAGACCAGUUUCUUAAGGACAUCGUGCCUUCGGAAUCUUCCAGAGUGGAAGCAAACGUCGACCGUCUAUUUAACCCGAACGUAAUCCCGAAUCAGAACUCUGGCAGACGCUUAAAGGUGUUGGAAAAGUUUGGCAACCUUUGGGAACGUAACGAUAGGGGUACCCAGCACAGAGAGCGUGGAGGAGCAGACUAUUCUCGCAGCAAUUUAACGUCUAAUUACUCGGAUAAGAGGAUUCGCUCAAAGCUCAGCUCAACGGACGUUUACGACAGAUUUCGUGGUACUCUUCAACACACUCUAGCAAGGAGAGAGGCUGUGCGAGCUCAAAGGGAGUCGAGGAACUUCUGUACUCCCAAAAUUCAGAAGAACCUGGACAGCAAACGGAGCAACAUCCUAGCGAGGAUCCGAUGCAACAACGUUCCACCUUCUUAUCGCUUACUGGCAGACUUCGAGAAGCAUAAUCGAUCAGUAUCUCAAACGCGUCCAAUCUCGUCGUCUGUUCUUCAUCUUCCAUCUGAUCUUCCACCUUCUAUUCCCCUUCCUCCACCUCCUCCUCCUGCUCCUGCUCCUCCUCUUCCACCCUCGCCUCCGUUGAGUCCAUGGACUAGAAAUUCAGUGAGAAAUCGUGGAACAAAGACGUUGCCACGAGAGUGUAGUUGUGGUGGUGGUGGUUGUGAUUGUGGUGAUGGGUAG